AUGUCCUUACAUUCAAAUAUAUUUUUUUUGUUUCAGGCUUUGCCCAAAAGACUAGAUUCCAUUCUUCCUAGAUAUUGUCAAAUCCGUGCCCUUCAGACAACUUCCAUAUGUCUAAAGAACCAGGCAGCACGUGUGCGUGUGAGUAAAGGUGAUAAGCCUGUGACCUAUGAGAAAGCCAACGCUCCACACUCUAUUGCCCAUAGGAAAGGAUGGCUGUCUCAACACACAAGUAACUUGGAUGGUGAAGAGGAUGCUGCAGAGCGUACUAUAGAAGAUGUCUACAUUCGAAAAUUUAUGUAUGGUACAUUCCAUGGUCUCCUGGCUAAUGAGAUAUUGAUCAAGAGACGAGCCAAUCUAAUAGUAAUAUGUGCUGUCACCUUGCGAAGGUUUGCUCCCCACAAGCUCUAUUUUCUAACUGGCUACACUGAGACAUUGCUGUCUUACUUGUACAAAUGUCCAGUGAGGCUUGAACUACAGACUGUAAACGAGAAAGUCUUUUACAAGUGGUUGUAA